UGCCGGAAGUCCACAGCGCGGCGCGUGCGCGGAGGAAGCCGGAGCGGCGUUGAGGCAGUGUGAAAAGCGGUAUCAAGCGCUGCGCGUCGCCAUGCUGUCCCCCGAAGCGGAGCGGGUGCUGCGGUACCUGGUCGAAGUGGAGGAACUGGCCGAGGCUGUGCUGUCGGACAAGCGGCAGAUUGUGGACCUGGACACCAAGAGGAAUCAGAACCGAGAGGGCCUGAGGGCCCUACAGAAGGACCUGAGCAACUCUGAAGAUGUGAUGGUUUGCUUUGGGAACAUGUUCAUCAAAAUGCCUCACCCUAAGACGAAGGAAAUGAUCCAGAAAGAUCAGGAGCACCUGGAUAAAGAAAUAGAAAGACUCCGGAAUCAACUUAAAGUGAAAGUUAACCGCCUCUUUGAAGCCCAAGGAAAGCCGGAGCUGAAGGGUUUUAACCUGAACCCCCUCAACCAGGAUGAGCUUAAAGCCCUCAAGGUCAUUUUGAAAGGAUGAGACCCAAACAGCAGGAUGGGGGACCUCUACUAGGCCCCUCCAGCCUUGACCUGCAAGGACAGGAUUGCCUCUUUAAGGGACAGGCAUCAAGAAUGUGGCUUCUGCACAAAACCUUUUUCUGUAGUGCUUGGCUGCUUUGUGACAAGAGAGAACCCUUAGCCUGUUGUGUGUGCUUGGCCUGGCUGCCAGAGCUCGGUGGACACAAGACCUAUUGACAGCCCCUGACGGCCAUCUGUAGGUGUGUGGGGGUGUGAGAUGGCUGCAGCCGGCACUUCUCAACACUAGCCUGCUGUGUGGAUGGGCCCGGCCAGGGGUGGAGGGAGAGGCCGGACUGGGAGCUUCGUUCCAGUUUUCUGCAUGGGGAGGCAUUUUCUGGCAAUAUGUGUGACAGUUGGAAUAAGGAGGAGACAGACAUUCACUUCAUUGUGAAGCAGACAGACCCUGAGUGCCCCACACCAGCUGCAGGGUAGGCACGUUUCCCCGGUGCCCCUCCUGUCCGUUUUCCUGCUGGCUUUCCAUAGCGGUGCUGUCAAUCACCCUCUGUGGUUGCUGUGGAGAUGGGAGGCCUUACAGACUGCUGGCCCAGGGCAGGCAGGCAGUGUCCUUCCUAAUGUGACUCACCAUGGAGCAUCCUCACGACCUGACAGCAGGGCUUGGCUAGCUGGCCUCACUGCAUAGUGGGAAUGUGCUGUGAGAGCAGAACUGGCCUCUUCCCUGAGGCUCAAUAAACAUGAACAAACACA